AUUUUAUUGGUUCUCAAAAACUAAAUUUCCUAAUAAUUAGAAGGCUUUUUAGAUAAGUUUACUUAUUUUAAUCCCAUUAGAAAAUAAGUAAUAAAUAUGAGCAUAGAUGAUUUAGAGAUCAACUUGACAUAAGUUCCAAUCAAAGAAAAUCCUAAACAAACUAUAUUGAAAUCAAAAAAGCUAAAAUUUAAGAGAAAUAGGAAAACAUCUGCUACCCAAGCAAUAUUAACAAGAUCAAAGAGAUAAGAUAAUUCUGAUGAUGAUGUUAUAAUAUUAGGUAGUACAAAACCAAGUUUAAUUCCAUUAUCCAAGAAGACAAUAACUAAAAGAUGUUUAAAAUCAAAACGUUAGUAAAAAUAACAAAAAAAAUCAAUUAAAUAAAAACCUACACCUAAAAAUUUAAUGAUACAAGAUUUAAUAAUAGCAUGGCAGAAAAACCUAAGAAAGAUAAUUGAAAGCACAGAUGUUCUAUCUUAAAAAAUAGGUUAAUUGGAAUGA